AUGAUUGCAGACAUUAAAGAGCUUUCCUCAGCUGAGGCCAUUGAAAGAGUGGUGGAGUUCAUCGCUCCGAAAAGUGGAACUACUUGGCUCAAAGCACUGAGUUUCGCCAUCGUCACUCGAAACCUUUACGACACCUCCAAUAGUCCAUUACUUACCAAGGGUCCUCAUUAUUGUGUCCCAAAUAUGGUCGGGUUUGAACAUAAACCAGACAUACGUCAACCAGCCAAGCAAAGGCCGAGGGAAAACGAACACAUUUCGAUAGAGGAGGCUUUUGAGCUUUUCUGUCAAGGGAGGUCUGUUUUUGGACCGGCUUGGGAUCAUAUUCUGGCUAUCGGAAAGCUAGUCAAGAACGACCGGAAAAGCUUUGAAGAAGAACAAGGUGGGCUAGUGAAGAAACUAAUAGAUUUAUGCAGUUUUGAGAACUUGAGUAAUUUAGACGUGAACAAGACGGGAAACGACAUGAAGACGACGAUGAGGCAACGAACAAGACGUUCUUCAGAAAAGGCUAGGUUGGAGAUUGGCAAAACCAUCUUACACCCGAGAUGGCUAAUCGGCUCGACAAUAUAG